AGCCCUAACCGCCUAAGGCCCCCGGACCAUGGCGGCGAUUGUGGCGGCGCUGCGCGGAUCCAGCGGGCGCUUCCGGCCGCAGACACGGGUUUUAACACGCGGGACGCGGGGCGCGGCGGGCGCGGCGAGCGCAGCGGGAGGGCAGCAGAACUUUGAUCUCUUGGUGAUCGGUGGGGGAUCCGGUGGCCUAGCUUGUGCCAAGGAAGCGGCUCAGCUGGGAAGGAAGGUGGCUGUGGCUGACUAUGUGGAACCCUCUCCCCGAGGCACCAAAUGGGGCCUUGGUGGCACCUGUGUCAACGUGGGCUGCAUACCCAAGAAGCUGAUGCAUCAGGCCGCACUGCUGGGGGGCAUGAUCAGAGAUGCUCAGCACUACGGCUGGGAGGUGGCCCAGCCUGUCCAGCACAACUGGAAGGCAAUGGCCGAAGCCGUGCAAAACCAUGUGAAGUCCUUGAACUGGGGUCAUCGUGUCCAACUGCAGGACAGGAAAGUCAAGUACUUUAACAUCAAAGCCAGCUUUGUCAACGAGCACACAGUUCACGGUGUCGACAAAGCCGGGAAGGUGACUCAGCUUUCAGCCAAGCACAUAGUCAUCGCUACAGGAGGACGGCCGAAGUACCCCACACAGGUCAAAGGAGCCCUGGAACACGGAAUCACAAGUGAUGACAUCUUCUGGCUGAAGGAGUCCCCUGGGAAAACGUUGGUGGUUGGAGCCAGUUAUGUGGCCCUGGAGUGUGCCGGCUUCCUCACUGGUAUUGGCCUGGAUACCACGGUCAUGAUGCGCAGCGUGCCCCUCCGAGGCUUUGACCAGCAAAUGGCGUCUUUGGUCACAGAGCACAUGGAGUCUCAUGGCACCCGGUUCCUGAAAGGCUGUGUCCCCUCCCUCAUCAGAAAACUCCCGACUAACCAACUGCAGGUCACUUGGGAGGAUCUCGCUUCUGGCAAGGAGGACGUGGGCACCUUUGACACUGUCCUGUGGGCCAUAGGGCGAGUUCCAGAGACCAGAAAUUUGAAUCUGGAGAAGGCUGGCGUUAAUACCAACCCUAAGAAUCAGAAGAUCAUUGUGGAUGCCCAGGAGGCCACCUCUGUCCCCCACAUCUAUGCCAUUGGAGAUGUUGCUGAGGGGCGGCCUGAGCUGACACCCACAGCUAUCAAGGCAGGAAAGCUUCUGGCUCAGCGGCUCUUUGGGAAAUCCUCAACCUUAAUGAAUUACAGCAACGUCCCCACAACUGUCUUUACACCACUGGAGUAUGGCUGUGUGGGACUGUCUGAGGAGGAGGCUGUGGCUCUCCACGGCCAGGAGCAUAUAGAGGUUUACCAUGCAUAUUACAAGCCCCUAGAGUUCACAGUGGCAGAUCGGGAUGCAUCACAGUGCUACAUAAAGAUGGUAUGCAUGAGGGAGCCCCCACAACUGGUACUGGGCCUGCACUUCCUUGGCCCCAACGCUGGAGAAGUCACACAAGGAUUUGCUCUUGGGAUCCAGUGUGGGGCUUCAUACGCACAGGUGAUGCAGACAGUAGGGAUCCACCCCACCUGCUCUGAGGAGGUGGUUAAGCUGCACAUCUCCAAGCGCUCUGGCCUGGAUCCUACUGUGACUGGCUGCUGAGGUUAAGUUACCAUCCCUGCUGAGCUAAGGAUACACACUGUGCCUGCCAUGUGCCCAGUACAAGGCUCUCAGACACCUGGACCUAGCUAUUGUCAUGGGAGCCACUGUGCCAGCAUGAUUCCAGGCACAUGGUGAAGCUACCUAGAACAGGACUGGAAGGCCUUGCUGCCUCGCAGAGAUCUGAGAAGAUGUGGAUGGAGCAUUGUGUAUCUGAAUAGAUGGUGUGUGUCCUGCAGGGAUGACUGCCCCCUCUAACCUCUGGCCAGCCUUCACACACUGCCAGUGUCAGAUGAUGACGGCCUGUGCAGAAACCCCCACGUGGGCUGCCCAGGUUUGAACCCCUGGCAUUUCUGGAGUGCUAAUAAAGAGCGUGUUUUACUAAA